AUGGAGAGUUCCAGUAAUGAAGCAAGUAACGAAUUCAACAAACUAUUAAACAAAGAAAUUGAAUUUGCGAAAGAAGUGAAGCUGAGGAAAGAUGCGAACAGGAAUAAUAAUAGGAACGAAACUAGUUCUAAAGUCAAAGAUGCGAGCGGAUUUAGACUGAGAGUUAUUCAAACAGAUGGGCGCAAGACCAAAAAGACUGAUCCUGAUUAUGAAGUGACAAUUGACGGACCCUUGAGGAAGAUUGAGCCAUAUUUCUUCACUUACAAAACUUUUUGUAAGGAGAGGUGGAGAGAUCGUAAGUUAGUGGAUGUGUUUGUAAGUGAAUUCAGGGAUCGAGAGCCCAGUUAUUAUGCCAAGACCAUUGCAGAGGGCAAAGUGUUCUUAAACGAUGAACCUGCAAAUCUUGAUACUAUCAUUCGUGAUGGUGAUUUGAUCACACAUAAAGUGCAUCGACAUGAGCCGCCAAUUACAUCGAAACCUAUAGAUAUUGUGUUUGAAGACGAAGAUAUCCUUGUCAUUGACAAGCCCAGCAGUAUUCCCGUGCAUCCAACGGGCAGGUUCAGAUUCAAUACCAUUACAAAGAUGCUUGAAAGACAGUUAGGAUAUUCAGUGCAUCCAUGUAAUCGACUAGACAAGCCCACUAGUGGGCUAAUGUUUUUGGCCAAGACUCCACAAGGUGCAGAUAAAAUGGGAGACCAGAUGAAGGCGAGGGAGGUCACCAAAGAAUACGUAGCCCGCGUGAAGGGCGAGUUCCCUAUAGGCAUAGUGGAGGUGGACAAGCCUGUCAGAUCCGUUAAUCCUAAAGUUGCAUUGAAUGCUGUUUGUGAAAUGAGUGAUGAAAAUGCCAAGCAUGCCAAGACCGUUUUCCAGAGGGUUAGCUACGAUGGACAGACAAGUAUUGUCAUGUGUAAACCAUUGACGGGUAGAACCCAUCAAAUAAGAGUCCAUUUGCAGUACUUAGGGUUUCCCAUAGCCAAUGACCCUAUAUACUCGAACCCGGAUAUCUGGGGCCCAGAAUUGGGCCGUAAUGGACUCCAAAACUAUAAUGACAUUGUUUUGAAAUUAGACGCUAUUGGUAAAACUAAGCCCGCAGAGAGCUGGAUCCAUCCUCAUAGCGAGGGGGAGUAUUUGCUUGGUCGUCAGUGCGAAGAAUGCGAGGCUGAAAUGUACACAGAUCCUGGUACCAACGAUCUCGACCUCUGGCUGCAUGCCUUCCGGUACGAGUCCUUGGAAAGAAACCCAGAUACGCAAAAGCCUCUCUGGAGCUACAAAACAAAAUAUCCAGAAUGGGCCUUAGAACCACAUCGCCAAUACAUGGAAAUGGCCGUUAAGGAAGCCGACAAGUGUGGUCCGACAAAGACUGCCUUCAGUGUAGGUGCCGUUCUCGUCCAUGGAACUCAAGUGCUCGCCACAGGCUAUUCAAGAGAGCUACCGGGGAACACUCAUGCAGAGCAGUGUGCCUUAAUAAAGUACUCACAGUUACACCCUAACUGUCCUUCUGUAGUCCCUAUGGGAACCGUGCUCUAUACAACCAUGGAACCGUGCUCCUUCAGACUAAGUGGAAAUCAGCCCUGCUGCGAUAGAAUCCUGGCCACCCAAGGCGCCAUUGGUACCGUCUUCGUGGGGGUCAUGGAGCCUGAUACAUUUGUUAAAGACAAUACAAGUUUGAACAAGCUGGAAUCGCACGGCGUGAACUACAUACAAAUACCAGGUUACGAGGAAGAAUGCACCAUCAUCGCCUUCAAGGGCCACAGCGAUGAUGAUGACAAAGCGUAG